AUGGGUGUUGCAUUUCGAUCAGGUGGAUACACAAAAUUUGUCCGCAUCGGUGGUAGAACUAUUAAAGAUGGAGAAGCUGCAGCUAUCUGGAAUCGUUCUGGAGAACACUCGCAGAUCGUCGGACCGAAGCGUAUCCUUAUGUUCUAUUCUACCAUUCGGUUUCUGACGCGCUUCAAAGCAGAAGCGGAUCAAUAUCUCAAGAUCCAACAUCGGGACGGAACAGUGGAACACCUUCAAGGUCCUGUUCAGAUGUAUUUGAAUCCAAGUUUCCAUGACACCAUCUCUGUCAACGACGGCAUCAAGCUGAAGGAGAACGAGGUUAUCCAGGUGAGCCAUCUACCUAUGCUGAAAAACGAGGAUAUCGCAUAUAAUACAGAUGGCACGGCUGUUGAGAAAGAUGAGAGCCUCGUCGUGAAAAAGAGUAAGAGAUUUGUUCUUGGGCCCGCUCUUUUCAUUCCUGCUGAAGACGAGAUUGUCGAAGAAUUUUCAUGGAGUGGCCUACCCGAAGAAACAUGCUGCACAUUGAAUUAUGGAUCUGGGGAUAUUUCUAGAUUCAAAAAGAUUCAGCUUCAUACCAAACGAGUAUGGAGUGUAAAGGUACCAAUUGGGAGCGGAUCGGCAAAGGUUCAUGCCUCACUGGCCAUCACAUACACGAUCGAUUCCAUUGAUAAGGUCACAAUGCACAGCGACCCAUGCGCUUUCAUUUGCGGUGCGCUAAUGGGAGAUAUUCAAGAUCUCCUUUCUGAAGACCUCCCGACAGUGAAAUCCGCAGCCGACUUUAGAUCUAUUCAAACUAAGGUUACAUACAAGAUGUCGGGUUCGAAAUCUUUUCCAAAUUUAAUGGGAACUGGUGAAGCUAUCGGGUUCUCCAUCGAUUCAAUUCAAGUACUUGAAGUCACUCCUGGAAGCCGAAUGCAGAAACAGCUAGCCACGGAACAUGAGCGAGAAAUGCGAAUGAAUGCACAAGUUGCCAACAAAGAAAGUGAGAUCAAAUUCCAAGAGCUUGAACUCGAAGAACGCCGUAAGAAAAUGGAGAAUGAAAUCGAACUAUCUCGCAAGGAGGCAAAGAUGCAGGCUGAUUUGGCAGAGGAACUGCAUGUACAGAAGGUGUCAGCUUUGACUCAGGAACAAGAAAUGACGAAGAUUAGAAAGCAGGAGAACCUUGGCUCUUUGAAGGCUUCUGAUGCACUUGUCUUGGAAUUCUUGGGCAAUCUCAAGGAGUUAGGGGUUGACAUGUCGAAAUAUCUUUGCACAGAAGCCGGGAACAAAGCAUCCAGGAAGAUUAUCGAUCGAGCACCAUCCCUUGCCACGUAUUCUAAUCCAGCUACAUUCUCAGAUUCCGAGGAAAGGAAAGAAUGA